CGCUUGCGUGGCCCGGCUUAAGCAGGGCGGCUCGGCUCCUUGUGGGUGUCCCUGCUCUGUGCGGUGCGGCUGGGCCGUCUCCCGGCCCCCGCCGUGGCCGCUUCCCGCUGCAGAUGCUAUGCUAAGGCCGGAGGUCUCCGCAUCUUACCAAGAGCAAUUACAAGUUGAAAGCAUAUUUGGAAAUUGAACCACUGUUUUAACUACACAGCUGAGUGAAGAUGUGGAGCGAGCAUCUGAAAACCCAACAGAAGAGAGAGGAGGAGAGAUGGAAGUCCAUGAAGAUACCAACUCUGUUAUUUUACCAGAUAGUGAACUGGGUACCACUGCCCCUUCUUUGCGUUUCAGCAAGACUUGCCUAAAGAAUGUUUUUUCAGUAAUUCUCCUGUUUAUUUAUCUGCUGCUUAUGGCUGUAGCUGUGUUCCUUGUCUACCAAACCAUCAGUGACUUCAGGGAGAAACUUAACCACCCAGUGAUGUCUGUCUCUUACAAGGAAGUGUCCUUGUAUGAUGCACCGGGUAUUGCCUUUUACCCAGGCAAGGCUCAGCUCCUUAGCUGCAAGCAUCAUUACUAUGACCACAUUCCACCUCUGAUAAAUCCGGGUCAGCCAGGAGAUAUUGAGUGCACCACUCAGAGAAUCAACUACACAGAUCCUUUUACAAAUCAAACUAUGAAGUAUGCUUUGGUUGUUCAAGGCCCUCGAGAUGUGAAGAAAAAGGAACUAGUAUUUCUGCAGUUCCAUUUAAAUGGGACAGACCAAGAUUUUAGUGCCAUUGACUACCUUCUGUUUUCUUCUUUCCAAGAAUUCAUCAACAGUCCAGAAAAAGCAGAAUUCAUGAAGGACUGUGAAAGUUCAUAUUCCAGCUGGAAGUUCUCUGGAGGUUUUCGAACCUGGGUGAAGAUGUCCUUGGUGAAAACAAAAGAAGAAGAUGGUAGUGAGACCGUUGAAUUCAAACAAGAGACUAGUGUAGUGAACUAUAUUGACCAGAGAACUAAAGCAAGAAGUGACCAGCUGUUUUUUGUGGUAUUCGAAUGGAAAGAUCCUUUCAUCCAGACUGUUCAAGACAUCAUCACAGCAAAUCCCUGGAACAUGAUUGCUCUUCUUUGUGGUAUCUUCUUGGCUCUGUUUAAGGCAGCAGACUUUGCUAAGUUAAGCGUGAAGUGGAUGAUCAAAAUCCGAAAGAGGCAUCUGAAGAGAAGUCAAGCAAUGAACCACAUAAACUGAGGUUACUUUUUAACUGUUCAUAGAGAGUAACUGGAAUAAACUCCCAUCAGCAAUUAAAGAUGCAAACCAGGUAUGUUUUCUCCAGGAAAAAAGGACAUUAGGAGGAACAGCCUUGUGAACUUCUGGCCUUUGAACUUCAGAAAGCAGCUAACUCUAGGACAGGUCUAACAAACUCAUGAUUUUCUAUUCCAAAUUUAACAAGCUUACCUCAGUAUUUUGGGGCAUUAAGGAAGAAGGAGAUGUUCAGAAAAUCAGCACCAUAGUAGUUGAGUUCCCAAACCAUGUGAAUGCUGCUUGGCACAGGAGACCUUGUAACUUCUGCAUGAGCAGUAACCUGCAUCUGCUGCUGUAACACAGUUACUUCCUUCACAGGUUUAGUGGAAGGUAAAGCACUCAAGAGAAGCAUCUGGCCUCCCCUCGCCACAGCAUGGGUUUGAACAGAAUACACUGGAAUUCUGUUAGGUGUCUGUUUUGAUUUAAAGGAUAUUGACCUAAUAUUAAAAAAUACUUCUGUUAA